AUGCCGCAGGGAGAUUUACAGGCCUUCUUCACCGGUGAUGUUGCCGGCGACGACGGCGGAGAGCGGCUGCCUUUGGAGGACGAGAAAGAGGAGCCAGAUCGGGGGGAAGUUCCUCCCGACUUUCCGCCGGAAUCUUUUUGGCUCUCUAAGGAUGCAGAGUUCGACUGGUUCGAUCGGAACGCUUUCUUCGAGAGGAAAGAAUCUACUAAGGCUAGUUCUAAUUCCACGAAUUUGAAUCCUAAUUUGCAUCCGCAACCUAAUUCCAAUUCGCAGAGAUUUUCGUUGAAUUUGAAGUCCAAGGCGUCGAUUAUCGGAUUGCCGAAGUCUCAGAACACUGCUUAUGUCGAAGUGAAGAAUCGGCGCAAUUGUAAGUCUGGAAACAUUCGGUUGUUUCCGAAACGGUCAGGAUCCGUUGGAAAAGCGGUUUCGUCUAUGAUCGAGCCUUCUUCUCCCAAGGUAUCGUGUAUGGGGAAAGUAAGAUCAAAGAAGGACCGACAUCGUCAGAAGAAUAACAACAAUCACCAUCACUCAUCAGAAACAGAACUAACAACAACCGCAAAGGAGAAAUCAGUUGAAAAACAAAAGAAAGGAUUCUUCGCGACUUUUCGCGCUAAAAUUUUCCGGAGCGGUGGAAGAAGGCAACCGGUCGUCGAACCAACCGCCUCGUCUUCACUCACAAACUCGCCUCCCGAACAGAACAUCAAAGCACCGCCGCCGCCGCCGCCGCCGCCAAGCAAGAUCGACGAAACAGAACCACCUGCCUUGGGCGGUAUGCAUCGAUUUGCAUCGGGAAGAAGGUCCAGUUCAUGGAGCGUAAGGGAGGCCGGUAUAGAGGUAGCAUAG